GAGCGCGGUGACGUCGCGAGAGUUUCCUAUGCAAACACGCGGCGGGGCUGUCGGUCGGAGGGCGGUGUGCCGUGCUAGGCGGAGACAGCUCAGGGAAGAAAGACCUAAGCAAAGGACCAGGACUUGCGGGAGGUUCAUAACUGAAAAGAAUCUCUGCCCCACUAUUGCCAUCAGACCAGAUGCCUUCUUCUACUUCACCAGACCAAGGAGAUGACCUAGAGGCCUGCGUUUUAAGAUUUUCUGACCUGGAUUUAAAAGAUAAAAGUCUUAUUAAUCCCAACAGCUGUCUCAAAGCAGAGUUAGAUGGCAGUACAAAGAAGAAAUACUCAUUUGCAAAGAAAAAGGCCUUUGCCCUUUUCGUCAAAACCAAAGAAGUUCCAGCACAAAGGAAUUUUGAAUGUAAAGAGAGAUGGUGGAAAUGCUGUCAGCAACUCUUCCCAGACCAGACCAGCAUCCACAGACAUGUGGCAACACAACAUGCUGAUAACAUUUACCAACAGACUGCUGCUAUUUUAAAGCAGCUGGCUGCGGCAUUGAGCACCUCAAAGAGUCUUAUGUCUGCAGACCAAAAAAACCCUCUAAAAGAGUGCCUUACACUUAGCCAUGAAGUGUCUGCUUGGCUUCCAGAUAUAAGCUGCUUUAGCCCUGAUGAGCUGAUAAGUGGCCGGGGCAGUGAUGAAGGGGAAGUGCUACUGUAUUAUUGCUACUGUGAUCUGGAGGAUCCCUAUUGGACAUGUGCCUGGCAGACAGCUCUGUGUCAGCACCUGCACCUCACAGGCAAGGUUCGAGUUGCUAUGGAGGGAAUCAAUGGGACAGUUGGUGGAAGCAAACUGGCUACCAGACUCUACGUGGAAGUCAUGCUUUCUUGCCCAUUGUUUAAGGAUUAUCUGUGUAAGGACGAUUUUAAGACCAGCAAAGGAGGAGCUCACUGUUUUCCAGAAUUGCGUGUUGGUGUAUUUGAAGAAAUCGUUCCCAUGGGGAUCAGCCCCAGUAAGAUCUCCUACAAGAAGACUGGAAUUCAUUUAUCCCCAGGUGAAUUUCAUAAAGAAGUAGAAAAGUUCUUAUCUCAGGCAAAUCUAGAACAAAGGGAUACUAUCCUUCUGGAUUGCAGAAACUUCUAUGAAAGCAAAAUAGGACGAUUCCAGGGUUGCUUAGCCCCAGACAUCAGGAAAUUCAGUUACUUCCCAAGCUACAUUGACAAAAAUCUAGAGCUUUUCAGAGAGAAGAGGGUGCUGAUGUACUGCACUGGGGGCAUUCGUUGUGAGCGGGGUUCAGCCUACAUCAAAGCCAAGGGAGUGUGCAAGGAAGUGUUCCAGCUCAAGGGUGGCAUCCACAAGUACCUGGAAGAGUUUCCUGAUGGUUUUUACAAAGGAAAGUUGUUUGUUUUUGAUGAGCGUUAUGCCCUGUCCUACAACAAUGAUGUGGUGUCAGAAUGUUCCUACUGUGGAACCCAGUGGGACCAGUAUAAACUCUGCUCAACUCCCCAGUGCCGCCAACUCGUUUUGACAUGCCCUGCCUGUCAAGGACGAGGAUUCACAGCUUGUUGUGUCACGUGUCAAGACAAAGGGAGCAUAAAGGCUUCAGGAGCUCCCCAGGACAGCUUUAAAGAGGAAUGUGAAUGUACCGCCCGACGGGCACGCAUACCCCGGGAACUCUCACAGCAGUUGUGCCUCCCUGCAAACCCAGAGCCAGGGCCCUGUUGGUGAGGAUGGGCCAUGGCUUGUAUGAGCAGCACAUUCAGCCUUCUUCACGCCUUCAGUAAAAGUAGGUUUGUGGUGAUUAUGUUUAGAAAAACGUCAAGGCUGCAGAACAGAGAGAUCAGAACUUCAUGCUGUCCGAGCCGCCAUAGCAUAGUGCUCACCAUAUCGACCACCUGCACUACACAGGAGGAAGGGAGAGGGAGUCAGAUGUUGACCACUUACCUGAAGCAUUCUGAUUAAGAAGAUGCUAGAGCACAGAAAAAUGUAAGCUAUAUGGGGCCACAGAAAGGAUGUGGGCAGAAAGCCUUGGGCCUAGUGACCAGGACAGCUCUUUCUCUGCUAUGCAGCAAGCCGUUAGUAGUCCUUGUCAGCAAACCUGUCUUUCCUGGUGGCAAACAUGUGAAAACUGUGGCCCUGGAGUGCACUUGUAAAACCAGGCCACCUCAGUCACCCCUCACCCCUACCUCUGUCUCUUCUCUGACAGACAGCCUGAUAGAUCUGCCAGCUGUGGCAUUUGGCCUGCCUUCUGCUUUGUAGAUAGGCAUCAUCCCUUGGUAUGCACAGGGGAUGGUUCCAGGAUGCCCAAGUACUAUAUAUCGAAAUCUGAGUAUACCCCUGUACUGCCCACAGUCGGUUUUCAGAACUUGAGUAUGCAGAAAGUCAGCCAUCAGUAUACCCAUCCUGCAAAUACUGUAUUUUCAGCCUGUUCAGUUGAAAAAAAAUCCACAGGUAAAUGGACCCACAUAGUUAAAACCUACAUUGUUUCAGGAUCAGCUGUACAGUUUAUUGGAAUAGCCAUCACCAUUCCUUUACAUAGGAUCUAUGGCUGAAUUGAGUAGUUGCAACAGAGAACCUGUGGCCUGCAAAAUCUGAAGUAGUCACAGUUUGGCCCUUUACAGGAAAGUUUGCCAACCCCUUGUCUAGAUCAGCCACUUAUCUGAUGGGGAUAGCCUUGAAGAUGUGGCUCUUCUUCAUUUUUUAUUGUUUUGGUUUCUGUGAGAGAUUUCCCCUAAUAGCCCUGCUUUCCCUAACACUCACUCUAGCUUUUAAUUAUUCUUAGAUUCAAAUAAGCUCAAUGACACUGAC